CAGGACCACCAACCAAAUAAAUGGCAAAGCAAUCUGACGUUUAACUAACCUUAAAAAACAAAACCCACGUUUUAGUAAAUAAAUCAUUCUAAACUUACAAUGUGCAGUAUCGGGGACGACAAUUUUGAAGAACUCGACAAUCUCAAGUACAUGCCUGCGAAAGAAAAACCUUCACCAUUUUCAAAAUGUAACAAAUGUAAAGAGGAAAUCCCAAUUGUGGUCCUACGUUCGAAAGAUAAAUAUUGUAGAAAGUGUUUUUUGGCAGGUGCGACUCAUAAAUUUAAGGCGACUUUAGGAAAACACAAAUUGAUUCGUCCAAACGAUCGAGUUUUGGUUAUACACAAAUGUGGGCAUCCCAGCACUGCUCUUUUGCACUUUAUCAGGUCAGGACUAGACUUGGAGACUCACAAAAAGUUGCGGUUUGAACCAGUCGUGUUAUUUAUUGAAGAGUUUACACAUUUGACUGUGACCGAUCGAAGCGAGAUACUUAAAGCAAUUGAGAAAGAAGUCGCUUGCUUUAAUUUUCAAGUUUACUUGACUUCGUUAGCUAAAUUAAUUACAACAAAUUCUGUUGAAACUGAACUACAUGCAAAUUUUGAUCGUUUGGAAAUGGAUGAAGAUGACAAAAAUGUUAUUACAAAAUUUGUAGACCAACAAUUGAAUGAGACUAACAAAAACGAUUUUUUAAAUAUUACAAGACAAAAAUUAAUCGUAAAAAUUGCUAAACAUUUAAAUUGCAAAUUUAUUUUCACUCCUGAAAUUUCCAACGAUGUGGCCUCACAACUAUUAACCGACAUUUCCUUAGGCCGUGGUUCUACUGUAUCUUUAAAUGCGGGAUUUUGCGAUUCUAGGGAUGAAACUGUUAAAAUAUUACGACCUUUGCGCCUUUUUGAUUUGAAAGAAUUGGCAUUUUACAACCACUUAAACAGUUUAGAACCGGUCACAUAUCGAAAACGCGAUGAAAAUCCCUACAAGUCGGUGCAGCAAUUAAUGAAAAAAUUUGUAAACGAAUUACAAGUUAAUUAUCCCGCAACUGUUACCACAAUCUUAAAAACGGGCGAUAAAUUAUCUCUUGGCACUAAACCAACAAAUAAGUGUGAUUUUUGCAAUGCACCCCUUGAGGAGGAGGGACCAGAACUAACAUCGGCCGAAUCGACGCAGUUUUCCCACUGGGUUUCGACCCAAACCCCUGCGGAACGUCGUUUGGCACCGGAGAGAGCAUUUAACAAUCCCACCUGUGAUAAUUACUGUUUUGGUUGUAGAAAAUUUCGUAAAUAAAUUUAAAUUUGAAAGGUA